AUGCCUAAGAGUAAAUCUAACGCCCACACAGGUGUCGAUGAUACGCUUGCUAUGCUGCUAGCUUUGGCUGCCUCCCCCAAAGAAAUGCAACUUGUCUUGAUCUCGGUCACUUACGGGAACGUACCUCUCAAGAGCUGCCUGAAGAAUGUUCUUUCUAUAUUCCAUGUCCUGGACAAAGAGCUAUCAUGGCGCAAAGCUCAAGGCAAGCCUGAGGGGUUCGCCGCACUCAAGGCAUACAAGCCUAUCAUUGCCGUGGGGGCCGAGCAUAGUUUGGAAGAGGAAUAUCUGAGAGAGGAUGGCUUCCAUGGGGUGGAUGGAUUGCAUGGUGUUCACGAGACCCACCCCCACCUCAGCCCAGAGGAGACAUGGUUAUCGCUUUUCGAGGAUGGAGUGCCCACUCCCCAUGAAGCUCCCUCUUACUACAAGUACUUUACACCCUCGAAGGUGCCAGCACACAAGGAGAUCCUCCGGGUCUUAGCGGAAGAGCCCGAGAACACCAUCUCCAUAUGCGCUAUAGGUCCCAUGACCAACCUCGCCAUGGCUGCUGCAGAGGAUCCAGAGACUUUCUUGCGCGCCAAGGAGGUGUGCGUCAUGGGCGGCGCAGUCGAGGUUCCCGGUAAUAUCACGCCUUUUGCGGAGUUCAACACGUAUGCAGAUGCUAUUGCUACUGCCCGGGUCUUGGCCUUGACUUCGGCCUUACCGUCCUCGACGAUGCCAGUCAUCCCUCAGACCACACUCGCACCAUACCCGGAGAAGCUGUCGAAACGUCUGAAGCUGAAAUUAUUCCCCUUGGACAUCACAACACCCCAUCUCUUGGGCAGAGGCUUCUUCUACGAUACAAUCGCUGUUGCUGGGACAGAGAGCCCACUUGCUAUAUGGAUCACUCAUAUUGUUGGCAGUGUCUACAGACGUAUGGAACGCAUUCGAGGCAACAUCCCGGAGCCCGCGCUCCCCUUGCACGAUCCACUUGUCAUCUGGUAUUUGCUCAGUCACGAAGAUACGGCUUGGCAGUUAGCCAGAAAUGCCCCGGAAGACAUCCGUGUGGAAACCUCGGGCCACUGGACUCAUGGGAUGCAUGUCGUAGAUAAGCGUGGACGCCCCCGAGCACAGGAGGCCACAUCUGACACUAUUAUCGGCGGCACUGCGUCAGACGAGAUUCCUGAUGACGACACGGUAUGGCUGAGUGAGAAGAGGGGUAACAGGGUCGAUAGAGUAGUUGGCAGUCCCGGUUUCGAGAAGUUUGCUGGUGAGCUAAUGCGCCGCAUAUUCACCUAAAGGUGUAGUAAGUCGCAAACGAACUUACCUAGCAGGAUAGGUACACUAAGGUCGUAUACUUCUUACGGUCUCGGGAAACAACCGUCCGUGAUAUUGGGUGUAUAAUCGCCUGUGCCUCUUACGUACAAAGUGAUCUAUCCUUGUUGAAUGUGCAGAUCCUAGGUUAGGAAAGCAAGUCUCAAGAUGUGCAAAAUUGGGCAAGUACCUAACUGCAACUUUUGCCGAUCCCCUACAACAACGUGUCAGAUUAAUCGAGCCAGU